GGAUAUUUGGAAGAUGGCGGAUUACGAUGUUGGAGUGAGGAAGCCCUGUAGAAUUUGUGGUAGACAGUUUGUUCCAGAAUCAUUGUCCAAGCAUGAACCAAUUUGUAGAAAGACUGCAGCAAAAAAGCCUAAAGUAUUUGAUUCAGCCAAACAGAGGGCGGAGGGUACAGAAGUCAGCUAUAAACAGAUAAAACAGUCUCAGAAAAAGGCCAAGCAAGAGGUUGUAAAACCUCCAAAAUCUAACUGGAGAUUGCAGCAUCAAGACUUUAUCAAUACUGUCAGAGCAGCUAGGGGUGUAACACAGGCUUUGGAAAGAGGAGAACCCCUGCCCCCUCCUCCCCCUCCCUCCAUCAACCCAGAUUAUGAGCAAUGUCCUUACUGUGCCAGAAGAUUUAAUGCUAAAGCUGCUGAGAGGCAUAUAAACUUCUGUAAGGAGCAACAAUCCAGGAUACCUAACAGGGCAACUAAGGGCGAUCCCAACGCUAAAGCUAAAAUGAAUGCUCGUAAUACGUAUCAGGCACCUAAGCCAAAGGCAAAAGCCAGCCCAGGAGGAGCAGGAGAUAGUCCAGGGUAUGGCAGGGCACCAGCUUCUCAACCAGCAGGAGUUGGUAGAACUCCCCCUGGUGCUAGUAACGGUUACGGUAGAGGUGGAACCAGCACUAGAGGGCGUUCCACUGGAACCACAUCAUAUCAGGCACAAGAUUACUCUGACAAUCAAAGUAACGGUCACGACAAUGGAAUGAAUGCAGGCAAGGCCUUACGCACUGGCAGAGGUGGGCGAAUUUACCAAGAGGCAAAACGGGACAUUAAAUCUGCCAGUAAACUGGGUUCCAACAAUUCUUUGUUAAGCAUGUCCCCAGCCAGUCUAGCUCCAGAUUGUCGAAGAAUAAAGUCAGCGGACGCUAUGGGAGGUAGUAAGAACAGCCCUGGUGGUAGUACUGGUGGUAAAAUUUCUAUUCACGGUGGCGGAAAUCAUAAAGAAGGAGAAUCUGGUUACUAUAGCAGCAACUCAGAAACAGAACAUGUCAACUUACAAUUCCAGCGUCGUAUCUCUAGUGCUAGCUCAUCUUCCUCAACUCAUCAUCAUCAUCACUCAAGCUCACAGUCUCAGAACAUGCCUAAGUUUUGUCAUGAGUGUGGAAACAAAUAUCCCAUUCAAAACGCCAAAUUUUGUUGUGAAUGUGGAAUGCGACGGAUUGCUAUAUGACAAAGUUGUAAAAUUAUAGUUUGUUAAUGAAUUACGAAAAAAAUUAUAUAUUUUGUUAAUGUUUGAACAAGUUAUACAGAUAUAAUAAUGAAAAACCCUGUACUCACAGAAAAUCUUUUGUUUACAGCAAAUAAAUAAAACACAGACAGGGAUUAUACAGGCCUCUGUAGACUUAUCUGAAUAAGAAUUAACUGUGAUAUUUGUAUAAGGUUGUUAUGGAUACAAGACUUGAAACAUGAAUAUCACAUCAAAAAAGAUAAAUCUAGCUAAAAAUUCUCAAUGUAGAUUGCUCAUAAAUAGCUUUUAAUUGAACCGGUACUCUACCAUAUUUUUAUGGAUGGUAACAGUUAGGUGUAUCCUGACCUCAAAAAUCCAAAAAUUUACUGGUUUUUUUUGGGGAGGUAAAGAUUGCAUCAAAUGCAAUCAAAGCCCUAUGUUACUGACUUGAUAUAUAAAUCUUCUAAGGCUUAUCACUACCUUUUUGAUACACAAAGUAUAGUGCAUUGAUCAUAACAUUCUGUACAUCCUGUCCAUGAACGUUUCCAGAAAUUUACCAACAUAAUAUACGCUCAGAUAUUCAAGUCAAAAAAUUAUGUUAUGUAUACACCUCUCAAGAGAAA